AUGGCGCGCUCGCACACUCUAAAGAACGCGCACCGCACGUCCAUUGCCUCUAAUGCCCUUGCCAAUGAAAUUGGGACUCUGCGUGAGGACCGCACUGAGGUGACACAAUCUGAGAUGAUGAACGCGGUCGAGGCUUCGUUGAGGACAGAGCUUUUUGAGAAAGACCGCGAGAAGGAUCGUCUGCUCGAUCAGAUCCUCUCGUUGCAGGUGCAGCUCGCUCAAAGGCCACCUUUGUCUACUCUUCAAGAGCUGGAAAACGAGAAGAAAACACUGGACAUGAUUUUAUUGGGCACGCAACGAGAAAAUGAAAAGAUGAUGGCAGAAUUGGAACGUAACGGGCUCAAGAAACUCUACGGAGAGAAUUGGCAGUCAUCAUUGAACAUCUCCUCUACCGACACAUCAAAUACAAAUGCCACAGUAUACUCACGGAAUCCGGGAUUAUCAACGUUAGGUGGCAAUCCCAACUGCUCCAUGUCCUCUUUAUCACUCUCCUCGGUUCCUGUUCCACGGAGAUGGCAAGGAAAAAUCCUCCCAACUUCGCUCACCGGUAUCCCACACGUCGAUUCGGAUGAAGAAGACGGAGAACGUGAGGAUAGCACUGAUCCAGAAGACGAGGCUGUCGAGCUCGAGGCUGAGCCAACGCCCCGAGAGAAAGCCUUGGAACAAGAGCUCAAGAUGAUGAAAAGGCAGCAUCUGACAAAGGUAAUUCAACGCGCAGAAACGGAAAGCAAGGGGCUGGACGCCAGAUUGAGAGAGUUGGAUGUCAACGCCGAUGCCAGUUCGUGAGCUACAUGAGUGAGAGAUGCAGGACUAGUUGUCGCCGUAGACUACUUCGGGUUCGUCGGUGUCAUCUUCCCAGUCCUCCUCAGCAUGAGGGAAAUCGUUCCUCUUCCUAAUUUUCCCACUCAGUUUCGGCACCACUCGUGCAUGAUUGCCUCGGACGAAUGCCCCAUAAUUAUCGCGAAUGCGCCUGAUUGCCCCGGGAUUACUGGUACUGGCUUCUAUUUCUUCCUCGCUUUCCUCCACUUUCCAUUUCUUAACUCGAGCAAUAACCAGGAGCAUUUUCCAUGUUUGCUCUGCGCAGUGCUUGGCAUCGUUGAAGUCGGACUCAACGAGGAUGCGAUUGGGGGCACAAGCUUGAAUCAGAUUUUCGUGCGACUGCGAACGAGUGUUGAUGACAGCGGAGAGGGAGAUGUAAACGUUGUUAUGGGCUUU